UAGGCCCAGACAUUAGAUUCGAUCGUAGGUGUAAGGCUUUAAACAAAAAAGUAAAAUCAGAAUCGGAAAUCGUAGAGCAAAAAUAGUUUCAUUGUAAUAUUUAAAAGAUGUCCAACGAAAUCAAACGCGUGGAAGGCGGGGAAGUUUCCAGAGGAGAAUUUCCAUCGACAGUCGGUGAAAUCCGUUCCGCUGGAGACAACCGCCCUUGGGAAACAUUCGAUGAGAAGACCGGGGCAGCCGACGAGGCCCCCUGUUGCAGUAGCACUUUGCUUGGACUUGGGGCACCAACUCCAAGUCGCGCUGAGCCAGCACUGGCUGCCCCAGAAGACAAUCGCACAAGCCAGACCAAACGGCUCAAUCCGUUUGCUGCUGAAUUUGUGCCAGGCGUCACAAAUCACAUAAUUGCUGAGAAAAUACAGGAAUUUUCCUGCUAUUCGCCAUGGAGCAUUAUUGGCAGUCCGCAGAACAUAUCGUGUGGACCACGAUACGAUGGCAUUUGGCGUGAGAGCAGCUUACAACAGCAGCUACCUCAUCAGAUCCAGGUUCAGGAUCAGAUAUUAACAGAGCCGAUGCAACCAACGCAAAUCGAAAACGUUGAGGUUUCUCGAGACAAAGUAAAGCCAUUGAUGGCAAAGCGCCUACAUGGGGAUACGCAGCAGAAGCUGGAGCAGGAACAAGGGGACGAUGUGGAGGAAGUACAGGAACCCCCUAAGGCAGCUAAAGGUAUUCGGCGUUUCAUCAAGAUCCCUGCUGGGCUCAAACGACGCUGCAGCAUCAUGUAAAAGCCCUUGACACAUGAUCAGAUAGAAAAAGCGCUUAAAAACCGAGAUUAUACGGGAAGUUGGGCAGAAACGGGAGGCGAAUAAAGCAAUAACACUUUGAGGCUAACAAUCUUACAAUUACAAAAUCAGAUAAAACACUUGACAAAAAUAUGCUAGCCCACUUCCAAAGUUAAGUCCGAUUAAACCUCAAUCAAAGCUGCGCAA